AUGCACGACAAAUCCAUCUCCACCUCUGAGCGACUGUUCGCCUCCGAAUGCGUCUCCGCGGGCCGUCGUCUAGAUGGCCGCUCUUUGACUGAUCCGCGCCACGUCUCCGUCACGUUGGGCCCGUCCUGGGGCUUUGCGGAAGUCGCCUUCGACAACACGCUCGUCAUCGCCUCCACCUCGGUCGACGCCACCGCCCCCUCCUCCGAACGACCCAACGAGGGCGUCCUCACCGUCGUUGCAGACCUGUCCCCGACAUCCUCCGAGGCCGCCGCCCGCGAGUCGCUCGCCCGCUCGGGCCACACCCCCGUCGUCACGGAGAUCCGUAACUGCAUCGACAAGUUUGUCCGCGAGGCGAGGGCCAUCGAUACCGAGGCCCUUUGCAUCCUCGCCGGUGUCAAGGUCUGGGCCGUGCGCGUCGAGGUCGACAUCAUAAACGACGACGGCAACUGCGUUGACGCCUGCGUCAUGGCCGUCAUGUCCUCACUCAUGCAUGCUCGCCGCCCGGAUGUCACCGUUACAGGGAAGGAAGUCCGCGUCCAUUCCCUGGAUGAGCGAGAGCCUGUACCGCUGCCCGUGCACCACGUCCCGCUGUCGGUGUCGUUCGCCCUGUUCGGCGCCGGCAAGCCGUAUGAGCCCGACAUGGUCGUCAUGGACCCUGUGAAGAAGGAGGAGAUCGCGUCGGGGGGUUCGCUAUCGUUUGCGUUCAAUGCGCAGGGAGAAGUAUGUGGCGUGUAUAAGGCGGGAGGCUUGCCGCUGCAGCCGGAGAGCUUUGUCCAGUGCAGCGAGCUGGGAGAGAAGCGGGCACUCAAGCUCACCGCCAUUUUGAACAAGGCGCUGGCCGAUUCGUCCGCAAAGCAUCCAAGGGCAAGUCUGCGGCCUAUGCUCGUUACGCCGGAGCCUGUGGCCCAGGUACGGUCGCGACAUACGAGAAAGAAGGACGAGGUCAUGAGUGAAGCCGCCCCCCUUUCGAUGUGGAAUGCGACGCCAAUUGAGGACACGUUGCCUCCACCGCCCAGCGCGACGGACCGUGAUCCCGUCAAAGUGCACGCGGUGGAGGGCGUGGACAGUGCAAUAGCGAGUCUAUUGCAGGGGAGGAAGGAGGUGGAUGAAAUUGUACAAGUGGAAGAACAUGUGGAGAUGGAGAUGGAGCCCGAGCGAGAGGACGGGCCCAAGCCAACUGAGAUUAUUGAGAUUUCGGAUAGCUCAUCGUCUGAUGACGAUCUAGAAUCGGCGAUCAUCUCCAAAGGGAAGGGAAGCGGCGGGCGGCGGUAG